GGCCCCUCUGCGCAUGCGCCGCGUUUCCCGCCUUGGCUCCGAACGUCGUCCGGCCUCCUCCGCCUCCGCCGAUUUCCGCCGAUUUCCGCCGAUUUCUCCGCCGAGCAGAUCUGAGCAGCUGACAGCAUGGAGGACAUCAUAGCUCAGACGCAGCAGGAAAUCCCAUGUCGGGAAAGGCAAAUCAACUUUUUAGCCAGCAUACUGGGAGAGGAUGACAGUCCCCUCCCCAGCAGCCUGUUCCUCUACGGUCACAGUGGGACGGGAAAAACACUCGUGACGACAACCCUGCUCAAGAAGCUAGACAUCGUCACCAGUCACGUAAACUGUGUUGAAUUCUACACCUCUAGGGUCAUGUAUGAGACCAUUCUCAAUCAGCUGAGUGGUACGGUGCCCACCAGUAACAACAACUACACGUCCUACGCCUCGUGUGACAACCUGGGGGAUUUUACAAGACACGUUCGGGAAAUUGCGAAGGAGAGAGGAGACCCACGGAUGGCUAUUGUGUUAGAACGCAGCGAGCGCCUGAGAGACUGCGAUGCCAACAUCCUCCCAGUGCUGUGUCGACUGCAGGAACUAACUCAGGAUGUCAAUAUUGUUGUCAUCUUGUGUUCAACUCUCCCUGUGGAGAAGUUCCGUGCGUCGACUGGAUUUAUGGAGCCAAUUGCCUUUCAUUUUCCUCAGUAUACGAAAGAUGAAUUGGUCAGAAUCCUGGUGACACGGAGAGUGUCAAAUUAUUCUGAAGAAUUCUACACCAAUUACGUCAACCUGGUAUUGAGUGUCUUUUACCAUGCUACAAAGAGUCUGCCUGAGCUGAAGCAUUUGGUCCAGUUGAACUUCAAAGCUUAUUGUGAGCCGAUAGAAAAGGGAGAGACCACAGAGACAGACAUCAAGAAACUGUGGAGGAACAUUGAGCCUCACCUGAAGAAGGCCAUGUCGUCGGUUUACCUGAGAGAAGUGUCCAGUUCCCAGUUUGAGAGAAUGCAGUCACUGGUGUCGGAAUCCACAACCUCAGGGGAUCUUCCGCUGCUUCAGCCGCAAAUCAAGUUGACAGGGACUACCAAGAUCGAACUUCCCUUCUACUCCAAGUUCCUCCUGAUCGCAGCCUACCUGGCCUCGUACAACCCUGCGCGCACAGAUCGCAGGUUCUUCAUGAAACACCAUGGCAAGCAGAGAAAGACGCAGGCUAUGAUCAAGGCCAAGGAGCGCUCCAGCAACCAGCUCGUGGGUCCCAAGCCCUUCCCCCUAGAGAGGCUGAUGGCCAUUUUCUACUCCAUCAUCGAGGACAAAGUCAGCCCAACUGCAAACAUCUUCUCACAGAUCUCGACACUAGUAACCCUAAGGCUGGUGACGCAGAUUGGAGGGGAGGACCAGCUAGACGCACCCAAGUAUAAGUGUGCUGUGCCCCUUGACUUCAUCAGAGGCAUUGCAAGAACUGUUGGCUUUGACAUUGUGCGCUACCUCUACGACUAUGCCUAAGGAGGGUCCUUACGCCUUAAGCAGAGGUAUUGUAAACCUCAGUGAGUUGGAUCACAACAAAUACCAUGAUGUCUGUUUCUUCCUUAGAUGAGGAGGAUUGCAAGCCAGAUUCUUCAUUCUCAGCAGAUGUCUGUGUUGCUCUUUGCAUUUUGAUGAGAGUGAGGAAUUUUUAACACAUUGCGGGAAAUAUGAAUCUUUUGGAGAAAGAUCUAGUUUUCGUUGAAUUGAAUGUCUCAGGCAGCCAACUGGGUUGUUCUAGGAAUCUGUUUUGAAUAGAGUUGGAGUCUUUUUAGAGGCUUUUUGUUUUUGUAGAUGUUUGAUUGUAAACACAGUACUCAUUCUCUCUCUUUCUUUCUCUUUCACUUCCUCAUUCUUUUUCUCCCUCUCUCUCCCUCUCCCUCUCUCUCUCUCUCUCUCUCCCU